CCGGAAGUUAAAGCAGCAGCUCACCUGGAGCAGGAAUGGAGAAUCAAGUUGCUCCUGUCGUCAUUGACAACGGCUCUGGUUUUAUCAAAGCUGGUUUUUCUGGAGACGAUGCUCCCUGCGCCGUGUUUCCAUCAGUGGUUGGAACCCCAGGCACCAGGUCAGAGGGCGUGGCGGUGGCUGGAGGACAGAAGGACAGAUUUAUCGGAGCUGCAGCUCUGAGUCACAGAGGUCAGCUGACCCUGAGGAAUCCCAUCGACCGCGGCGUUGUGGUGAACUGGGACGACAUGGAGGAGAUCUGGCAUCACGUCUUCUACGACCAGCUUCAUGUUGACCCUGUGAAUCAUCCGGUCCUGCUGACCGAGGCGCCGCUCAACCCCAAACCAAACAAGGAGAAGACGACCCAGGUCGCGUUCGAGGCCUUCAGCUGUCCUGCCAUGUACGUGGCCGUGCAAUCACUACUGUCCAUGUACUCCUCUGGUCGGACCACAGGGACGGUGAUGGAGUCCGGUGACGGCUGCAGUCAUGCUGUCCCGGUUUAUGAAGGCUACGCUCUGCCUCACGCCGUCCUGCGCCUCAACCUGGGUGGAGCGGACCUGAAGGAUUACCUGAUGAAGCUCCUGAACAGCAGAGGAUUCGGCUUCAGCUCCGCCGGUCAGCGUGAAAUCAUAAAUGGUGUGAAGGAGCAGCUCUGCUUCGUGGUUCUGGACUUCGACCAGGAGGUGAAGACGGCGGCGUCUUCCUCCUCCCUGGACAAAACCUACAAGCUUCCUGAUGGACGAGACAUUUCCAUCGGCGCAGAGCGGAUCCUCUGUCCAGAGGGGCUCUUCAAGCCUCAACUCAUCGAGAUGGAGGCAGCUGGAGUUCAGGACACCAUCCACAGCAGCAUCAUGAGGUGUGAGGUGGAUGUUCGUAGAGACCUUUUCUCCACCAUCCUGCUGUCUGGAGGCUCCACCUUGUUCCCUGGGAUCUCUGAUCGCAUGAAGAAGGAAAUCUCUCAGCUCGUCCCGCCGACCGUGAAGAUCCAGGUCGUCGCCCCCGCUGAGAGGCGGUUCUCCUUCUGGACCGGCGGCUCCAUCCUGGCCUCGCUCUCCUCCUUCCAGCAGAUGUGGAUCAGCAAACAGGAAUACGAUGAAUCCGGUCCGGGCGUCGUUCACCGGAAAUGUUUCUAACCUUCUCCUCUGUCGGCUGGGUGAUGAUCACACCACCUGCUCCACCCGUCUGAACGGACCUGGACACAAACAUGUUGAACUAAAUCAAUGUUUUAAACAUGUUUAAUGAAACUUUU